GCCAAAAUCGGAAUUGCUUGCAUUGUGCAAAUGUGCUGCUUCCCAACAUCUCUUCGUCUAGAGCCUGAGCCUGAGGCACAGGUGGAUUGUGAAAAUCUUGAGCAAGUUGAGGUGAAGUUUCAGCCGCCUCUGCACCAGGUGUGCAGCCAUGGCGACGUGUAGCCACAUCGCCUUCCAGCUGUCUCGCUGCCCUCUGCACACCCCACUUCAUUCAACGCAAAAGGGGGCACUCUCGUCUGAGAAAACUUGGUCAUGCGGCCCCGGGCCCGGCGCGCAUCUUGGGAGCGGAAUCUCUUCUUGGAAUGGAGGACACGUUAGUCAAAAGUUGCUCCGUAAACCCUCUACAACAGGGUUGCGAAAACGCAUGGGGCCGUCUUGCAAUGCUGUGGGCAGCCUGCGUGAUCAAGCGACACAAAGGGCGGAGGCGAAUACUCCGGCAGGGAAAGAGGACGAGAGCUGGCUGCAAAAGGUGGCGCGCAGGAUACAGGAGGGACAGGAGCCUGUUGAGGCAGUCCAGGCCCUCCGUGAGUCCUCGGCCGCCUCCCUCCUGUCCCUCCGCAUGCCAACCACGCGCGACGAGCAGUGGCGCUUCACCGACAUUCGGAAGCUCCUUCUGACCGCGGACGUCUGGCCUGCCCCCCCUCACUUCCCCUCCGUUGACAUCUCCCAAUGCACCCUCCCCGAGGCAGACCAAACUCGCAUUGUUCUUGUAGACGGAGUCAUAGCCCCCUCGUUAUCACAUCUGAAUGGCCUUCUGGAUGGGAUCACUGUCGAGCCCCUCGCAACUAGCGCGGCGAGGGAAACUGCAGGGCAGCACCUGGGGUCGCUCGCGGGGCAGGGCCAGGGGGGGCUCGACGUGUUUUCCGCGCUGAACGGCGCUGCGGCGUCGGAUGUUUUGUUGGUCAACAUUCCGGACGGGAAGCAGUUGGAUAAGCCGUUGCACAUCGUGUAUCAUAGUACGGGGUCAGGGGACGGGACGACCCGGCUGGCGAGCCCACGGUUGCUGGUAGUGGCGGGGAAACAUGCGGAGGUAGAGAUUGUGGAGGAGUUCACCGGCGGGGGUGGGGCAUACUGGACGAACGCACUGGCGGAGUUUGUACUGGGAGAGCACUCAAAGGUUUCGCAUACAUACAUCCAGCAGCAGGCAAAGGAGGGCAUUCAUACCAAGCGGACCUAUGUUGCACUGGCGACAAAAGCAGAAUACCGUGCCACAGAAACAGGGUGGGGCGGACGGCUGACCCGCCACAACCUGCACAUCCAGCAGCUUGGCCCCGAGACCGUGACGGACGUGGCGACGUUUUACCUGGCGGGGCGCUCGCAGUUGCACGACCUCCACAGCAGCCUGUAUCUCGACUACCCUCGAGGCCAGAGUAACCAGCUGCACAAGUGCAUCGUCACGCACGCCACCGGUCAUGGUGUUUUUGAUGGCAACGUGCGGGUCAACAAGCUCGCGCAGCAGACGGAUGCGAAUCAGCUCAGCCGGAACCUAUUACUGGCACCCCGAGCGACCGUCAACAUCAAGCCCAAUCUGCAGAUCAUUGCUGAUGACGUCAAGUGCACCCACGGGGCGGCCAUCAGUGACCUGGAGGAGGACCAGCUGUUCUACUUUCAAGCCAGGGGCAUCGACGCGGCGACGGCCAGGAGCGCCCUGGUCUACUCGUUCGGCUGCGAGGUGACGGAUAGACUGAACUUUGAAGGCCUGCGGAACCGAGUUCAAGACGGGAUUCGGCAAGCUCUUAUAUCUGAAGGAGCCCUCGCUUCGAACCUGGGUCCCGCGUAGGUAGCCUUGAAAUGACACUGCUGCUCGUCCUUUGUGUCUGACGCACUUUUUCUGCACAAUAAACACAUUUCACGGCCUUUACUGCACGUCUGCCGGGUCAACUUUGCUCACGAGGUUCUUGGAUUCUCAGCUAAGCCCGCAGACAAGUCUGCAUAGGAUUCUGCCGGUGCUUCAAAUGUUAAGUUCGCG